CUACUUGCAGAGUUUGAUUGGACGAUUAAGCAGGAUUUAAAUCACCUGCAAGAGAGUCAACGAUGUGUAUCGCAAAGACAACAACGACUGUAGCUCAACGCUCGCUAUGCAACAAAUUACCUGUGAAACAGCUGGUUGUACCACUUCGAUCCAAAUGUACCACAUUCAUUGAGGAACCAAUCUACAGACCACGCUUCAGAAAGCAGGACUGGGAGCAGAGCUCAUUGUGGGGAAAACUUUCCGGCCGUGUAUAUGAUGCGUGGCGUUCGUCAUACUUCGGGAAGCGGUUUGCCUUUGGUUUAGCAUUCGUCUGGUAUAUGUUUCAGGAUUUAACAAAUCAAUAUGUCUUCAUUGAUGCUGUGAACAGCAACUUUGAAGAGUACAAGGAAGAAAAUGAAGAAGCAAUGGAUGCUUGAGUGGGAUGGUCUGUCGCAAUGUACCACGGACAAUUGAUAAUGGUGACGGUUCAGUCGAAACUCCAGUAAUAAAUUAAUUGAUCAAUUUAUGUAUUUAAAGUUUUGGGUCUCCGAAAGAUUGAAAUUCUUCAUAUCUUAUUUUGCUGCUUUCACUUCUGUCUUACUUUUGGAUGUAUAGUGGAAGACAAGAAUGAAAGUGUUUAAAUUAGAAAUAAUAACAAAUAACAAUCCAUUAUGCAUUAGUUUUUUUUGUUGUAAUUCAAAUAAAGCGAUCACCACUGUA